AUGGCUACUAUAGCUUCUACUUGCCAGCUCCUGUUUUCGCACAAAACCACAGUCAGUCGAAGCUUUGAGAGGAGAAUCGCAAGUAGGACUCACCAGAGAUGCCUCGUCACAGCGAAGGUUGCCAAGCAAAAGAGCUCCAGCGUUGCCACCGCGCCUGCUUCUCUAGAGAUCGCCCCGGAUGUUGCGACGCAGCGCGGUGUUUCAUCGCCGGUCCUUCUUGAAUGCGUCCUGGUCGUGUACAAGAAGAACGUGCUAGAUCUCGUUGACGUCCUCGCGGAUUUCCGGGACGACGCCGCCGAUCUUCUGCUCGGCAAGAAGGUGACGGUUCAGCUCGUGAGCGAAGAACUGCUUCCUGGCACCCAGGAACCGAAGAUGAGCGACGUGGUGCCGAUAAGUCACUGGUAUUGUGCUCGAGACAGAAUCGAAGCGAGCGGAUGUAUCACACACAAAGUCCAGAUAGUUGUAGAUAAGAGCUUCGGGACUGUUGGGGCUGUUCGUAUUGGCAAUGCUCACCCGAAUGAAUUCUUUCUCAGCACCUUCCACAUUGUGCAGCCAGAUGGAACUUCAGCUUACUUCACCAGUGAUUCAUGGCUGCACCCGACCGCGGAGAACUGCCCCCGAAUUUUCUUCAGAAACAAGGUGUGCCUACCUGGCAACACUCCCUUGGGCCUGAGAAACUUUCGUGCACGAGAACUCCAAGAUAUUCAAGGCGACGGAACAGGCGAGCGAAAGGAUAGCGACCGGGUUUACGACUACGAUGUGUACAACGACCUCGGGAACCCUGACAACGACAUUGAGCUGCGGAGACCCGUUCUUGGAGGAGGCGAGUUUGCUUAUCCUCGCAGAGUUAGAACCGGUCGCCCGCCUACACAAACAGAUCCACGGUCGGAGAGUUUGCCUCCUGGAAUCGAUAACAUGUAUGUCCCGUCGGACGAAACGUUCAUGAGAGAGAAAAACUCCAACUUCGUAGGGGACACGAUCAAGGCCGCUGCACAUUUUCUGGUUCCAGCUAUCAAAUCGGUAUACAGGAGGGACAAGAGCCCUUACUUUCAGAGCUUCGAACAGAUUAUAGCGCUGUAUGACGACGGUAUUGAGCUGGGACAAGACGUCAGUAGUACAAAUGCAAAUGAAAAGAAGAAACUUCGGAAUCCCUUCACCUUGAUCAACCAGCUGACAGAUACCGAUAAAACCAACAACAACCUUCUCAAGUACCCGUUGCCGCAAAUUAUCCAAGAUGAUUGUGAAUCCUGGAUGCUGGAUUAUGAGUUCGGAAGGCAGACUAUUGCGGGCCUGAAUCCCAUGAUAAUAAAAAAGCUCGAGUGCUAUCCUCCUGUAAGCAGCCUGGAUCCUAAGAUUUUCGGGCCAAAAGCCACUGCACUGAAAGACGAACACAUACUGGAUCAGCUCAACGGCCUCACUGUUCAAGAAGCUCUGGAGGCGAAUAAGCUCUUCAUCUUGGAUUACCACGAUGCAUUCCUGCCAUACUUGAACAGGAUUAAUGCGCAGGAGGGAAAGAAAACAUACGCAACACGGACUAUAUUGUUUCUUACAGACAGAGGUGUCUUGAAGCCUAUAGCCAUCGAGUUGAGCCUCCCAGCAGCAACAGCGACCGGCCAGAGAAAGAACAGGGUAUUUGUCUGCUCCGACACACCAAAGAGGGACUGGGCUUGGGAAGUUGCCAAAGGACACGUUGCCGUGAAUGACUGUGGAUAUCAUCAACUCAUUAGUCACUGGCUGAGAACGCAUGCCGUCAUGGAACCGUUUAUAAUUGCUAUGCACAGGCAGCUGAGUAUUCUUCAUCCAAUCUACCUCCUGCUGAUUCCGCACUUCAAAGACACAAUGACCAUCAAUUCCAAAGCUCGCCAAUCGCUGAUCAAUGCAUCAGGAAUCAUCGAAGACAACUUCACACCGGGAAAAUACUCCAUAGAAUUAAGUGCUGUCGUCUAUGGAUCGCUGUGGAGAUUCGACCAGCAGGGACUUCCAGCUGACUUGAUCGCCAGGGGAAUGGCUACUCCAAAUCCGAAAGCCAGACACGGCCUAGACCUCCUCAUUGAAGACUAUCCUUACGCAGUGGAUGGACUGAACCUCUGGAGUGCAUUGAAGCAAUGGGUGACGGACUACACAGACAUUUUCUACAAGGACGAUGCUUCAGUCAGGGAUGACACUGAGCUCCAGGCAUGGUGGCAAGAAAUCGUGAAUGUUGGUCAUGCAGACAAGAAAGUUGGAUGGACAGACCUGAACACAAAAGCAAACUUGAUCGAGGCACUCACCACCAUGAUUUGGAUCCCAUCGUGCCACCACGCUGCUGUUAACUUUGGCCAGUAUGCAUACGCUGGAUUCCCAGUGAACAGGCCGACCAUCUCUCACAAGCUCAUUCCCGACGAAGACACCGAAGAAUAUAAACAGCUGCGAAGAAACGGGGAGAAAUUCUACCUCUCAUCCUUCUCCACCAAAACCGAAGCGACGCAAGUGAUGACAACCAUCGAGAUCCUCUCCACGCAUUCAUCCGACGAAGAGUACCUGGGCACGCGGCCGGAGCACUGGACGAGCGACAAACGGGUGCUGGACGCAUUCGAGCGAUUCAAGGCCGCCAUAGCCGAGACAGAGGCCGAAGUGAUGGCAAAGAACGCAGAUCCAGAGCUGGAGAACCGCCGCGGCCUUGUCAAUCUACCCUACACGCUCCUCGCCGUGAGCUCGUCCCCGGGCAUCACUGGCCGAGGAGUCCCCAACAGCAUCUCCAUCUAGAUGGCGCUACCAUUGUAGGGUUAGGGUUCUUCAUACUUUAGUUAUAAUUCUCUCUCUCUCUCUCUCUCUCUCUCCAUUCUUCUAGAACGCCAAGAACUCGGCCGAUCCGCUGCAAUACAGCCUUGAAUCCCUGCUCUUCCUGGAGUUA